AUGUAUAGUCUUAGCAGAGAGGGAAAGCGUGCUCUGACGAGAGCUCUUCAUACCAGCACUAAGUGCUUAAAAGCAGGAAAUGGUCUGCUUUCAGCUGGCAAGAAGUUUCAUUUCAGGGAGAAGAACCGGUCAGCUGGGAACAAACGAUCUGUGCACAUAUUUUCAGCUGCAACGGCAACAGUGGGAAUAGCAGCAUUGUUGUACAGCCAGCAGAGGAUACAAAACGACUCAAAGAACAAACAGAAGAAGGAAGAAGAAGUUGUUAGAAUUGUUCCAGUUGCUGAGUUUAUUAAACACAACAAGCCAGAUGACUGCUGGAUUGCAAUCGACGGAGAGGUGUAUGAUUUCUCAGACUUUAUUCCAAAUCAUCCAGGUGGAAAGACACCAUUGAUUGACUACGCGGGCUAUGAUGCAUCAGGAUUAUUCCACCUUAUUCAUCCUAAGGACACUUUGCAGAACUACCUUCCACCAGACAAACAUAUCGGUAGGCUCAAUGGAGAGGCACCUGCACAUCCGGUGACGGAUAUUCAUGAAGUUCAGAGAAGGCUUUAUUUGAAGAACUUGCCGCCUUUGUGCCAUUUGCAGAAUCUUGAUGAUUUUGAGUAUCUCGCACAAAAGAUUCUUCCUACGCAGGCCUGGGCAUAUUACUCGUGCGGUGCCGGUGAUGAGAUCACAAUGAGAGAAAACCAUUACGCCUUCCAGCGUAUCUUUUUCCGGCCAAAGGUUUGCGUUGAUGUGAGUGACGUCGAUUCAUCAACAACUUUGCUUGGAACAAAAACAGAAGUUCCAUUCUAUAUUUCGGCAACAGCAAGAGCUAGAAUGGGUCACCCAGAUGGAGAGCUCGCGCUGGCAAGAGGUGCAGGAAAAGAAGGUGUUAUUCAAAUGAUCUCUACCAGAUCAUCGUACAGCUUGGCAGAGAUCGCCAAAGCCAGACCUAAAGGAGCGACACAAUGGUUCCAGUUGUACGUGAACGAGGACCAUGAGGUGAUGAAGAAAAUGAUUAGGGAAGCCGAGGAUCUUGGAAUGAAGGCACUUUUUGUCACAGUUGAUGCUCCGGUUGUCAAUAAGAGGGAGAAAAACAUCCGUGCCAAGCAGCAGGCAUUUGGUGCUACCACAAGGGACUCUGGACAGCCAACAGUCUUCACUGACUCUACAUUGGAAUGGAAUGAUAUUAGAAACAUCGUGAACUUUACGAAACUACCAGUUAUGCUCAAGGGUGUUCAAAGAACAGAGGACAUAGUGCAUGCAGCUGAUGCCGGAUGUCGUGGUGUCGUUCUUUCGAAUCAUGGAGGUAGAGAGUUGGACUUUUCACCUCCACCUAUCCAAGUUUUGGCCGAGUCAGUUCCUCUCAUCAACAGAAUGGAGGGUGUUCAUCCUGGAUUUGAGAUCUUUUUGGAUGGUGGUGUUCGGAGAGGUGCCGACAUAUUAAAAGCAGUGGCCUUGGGUGAUGGUAAGGUUAAAGUUGGUGUGGGUAUUGGACGGCCAUUUCUUUACGCCAACUCUGCAUAUGGCGAGGAUGGUGUCAGGAAAUGCAUCCAAAUCUUGAAGAACGAGAUCGAAACGGAUAUGAGGUUACUUGGCGUUACCAAGAUGAGCCAGUUGAACGCAAACUUUGUUGAUACCAGACGCUUGCUUGGAUACAAUGCAACAGAUCUGUUGUAUGACAAUCUAUACCAGCCAAUGCAGCCAAUCAAGUUUAAGAAUGAGCUUCGCCAGGCUCGCAAGGCUGCACAGAAAGCUAAAUAG